AGUCAGCUAUCGUUGGUGUGUGGCGUGCCCUUGAGUCUGAAGCGCCCUUGUACUUGUGGACACGCCACGCCAACGGGCCAAUCUUCAGAUCUCAGGCCGGACAUUCGAUCUUUCGAAGUGUCCCCUCCAAAAACAGAGAGCCCAGAGCUACUCCUCAUCCAUCCAUCCAUCCAUCCAUCCAUUCAUUCUGGUCCAGAUCGGUCGAGUUCGGAAUCGUUGGCCCCUCCCAGCCUCAGGAGGCGAGGUGUGGUGAAAUUGAGGUAGAGUGUGUGGAGUCACUUAGUGUGGCCAGAAUGGCGGCCUCAGCCCAAGAUCUUCUCAAGCCGGACCCCGAGACACGCCCCCAUCCGGCCCAUCCGGCCCAUCCGGCGGAUAAUGAGGAGGAGGACGACGACGAUGAUUUAGAGGCGCUUCGGUUGGCUGCCCUCAGCACGCUCAAGCCCAAGAAGCCGGCUUACGUGGUCCAAGCCCAUGCCAAGAAUCAGAACCUGUUGGCCAUCAUUCCCGUGGAUGCUAAACCAGGCGGGCGUAGUGAACACCCUAGGCCCCGGCCCCUUAUGCCGCCCGAAUUUGACGCUUCCGUUCCGCCUCCGGGCUGGAUGAUCCCGGCCAGUCGUGCUUCGACCCGACUAUCCACCGAGAGCGGCGCCAGACCGGCCCCCACCGCCACCAGUCGGGGUUAUCGCAGCUCACCGCCCUCAAGAGGCUCGUUUGACCGUGAGCCGACUCGCGGGUCGUGGCCCGAAUCGAACCGGGGCUCGAACUACCGCCAACAGCGUCGCCCUAGCCCUCCGCCAGCCUCGGAGGUGUCCGAGUCCGACUAUUCCGAGUAUUCCGAGUAUGUCACUGAUUCAGAGACUGAACCCGAAACUCCAGCUUCGGCCGAGUCGACGGUCCAAGUUGCGGAUGUCAGUGCCCAGCGAAAGUUGCGGACGGCCAUGUCCAAGGAGUCGACCAAGAAUGACGAGGACGAUGUGCUGCAAGUAGAUUGUUCCGACGAGUUCACCACAUUCCUCAAUGAGUUCGAAGAAGAGUUGAAGGAGGAGGCACCCAUCUCAGCCGCCAAAGUCAAGAAAAAGAAGCGCGUGAUCAAGCGGCGGAAGCGUGUCAAACCGAAGCCCGUGGCUGACGGCCGAUCCCAUUCGCCCAAAGGCCAGUUUCGCCGCACCCGUUCGCCGCCUAGAAGAUAUUCACGCAGUCCCUACCGUUCUCGAUCUCCCUAUCGUGCGCGCCCCCAUAGUCCCUUGGGACGACGGCGAAGUCCUUCCCCUCGUUAUCGAAGGUCAUCACCGGGCUAUCGACCCCUUCCUCGGCACUCGCGUUCCCCGCGCCGAUAUUCGCCCCCCUCUCGGCGACGGCGAACGCCCUCACCUCAUUCGCGAGACUGCGGCUCACGGUACUCGCCUAACCAAGGACUGCGGUUCGAUCAUCGGGCUGGCUCAGCGCCCAAACAUGACGAUCGUCAUACCCGUAAUCGAUUAAGCCCCCAUUCUUUGAAAGAACCCGAUGUCAAGGCCCGAUCCCUGCCACCGUCUCGGGAAGAGCACAAGUCUGCUCGAAAGUCCGCUGAUCGUUUGGGGGUGAAUGGAAACAAUGGUUCUAAUCUGGAAAACCAAUCCAACGACCAGCGUUCAAAAGCCAAGGAGGAGCGGGAUUUUCAAGCUAAACUCCAGGAGCUCCCUUCGCCGGAACGGGAACGAUUGUUGGCCCGUCAUGCUAAAUUUGCUCAACCUUUAUCGAGUUCGUUGACAGCUGAAAAAAAAGUCAUUUCUUUGAAAUCGGUGAAGGUUGGACGGAUUCUCACCGACAAGGAAGAGGACAACCACGCCCUACCGACCAAGUUACAUAAGCGACUGAACUCUGAAGAAGGCGGGGAUUCGAUUUCUCUCUCUGUGGAUGACACUCUCGACAUGUUUCAAGAGGAACACUCAAAGGCAGCUAAAGUGACGGACAUGCGUCAAAAAUUGAGAGGCAAAAAAGGUGCUCCCCAACCUGAUCCACAAACAGAUCUUCGCGUCCAAUUACAUCAGAAACGACGCCGCCAUGUAAUUUCAGGAAAAGACCACACACCAGCAAAUCUAGAGCUUGAGGAGUUGAGCAAUGACAAAUUCGACGAAGCAUUAGAGCACGCCCAACUCAGUCCCUUGAAAGAUUCCGUGGAACCUCACCAGAGUGACGACGAUGCAUCACAAUCCGUGUUGUCCCGCCAGGUACAUUCCCGAGGGUCCCUUCCCAAACCUCACAAAAGAAUCAUUCUCGGCGGCUCUGAAAAUGAUCCAUUGGAAACCCGUGCAGUGAAGCGAUCCUCGACAACGGCCUCCAUCGGUCCCAGUCCGAAGAAGAAGUCUGUCAUGGACAGAUUGGGUGAGCCAGUACAUAACCCGAAUGUAUCGAUUUCCGCCGUGUCGCCGUCCUCAUCCCCCCCUCCUUCCUCCGCUCUGUCUCAUCACCAUCGGCAUCUUAUUACGCGACGGAAAGUCAUAUCUCCCGUGGAAACUGAUGAAGAAGAGGAGAAAUCGUCGGGGGAUCCCUCUUCUUGGUCUUCAUCGAAAAUAGUUUCAAAGUCACCUUCAAAGAAAGAUAAGAAGAAAGAGAAACGAGAAAAGAAGGAGAAGAAGAAAGCCAAGAAGGCCAAAAAGGACAAGAAAAAGAAGAAAAAAUCGACAACAACCCAAUCCUCGGAUGAAGACGAGGAUGACGAUGACGAAGAGGGAAAUGAUCGCGAUGUGCAGCCAGAACUGGAUCCGGAGGAAGAGGAAUUGUUCUCUUUCUUUGAGAAUCAGACCGGCGAGGCUUGAAGAGUACACGCGCCAAUGCCGAACUCGGUCCAUUUUCAUGUGUUGCUGACUUUCAGGAUCUCUGUGGACGAGAGGACGCUCCAUUAUGUUUCUUUUUUGUUGAUCUUUUUUCUUUUUUGCAUCCUUUUCCGUAAUCUGAACAUUGUGAAACGCGCCAAAAAAAUAUGCUGUCUCAUUCAUCCAUGGGAAAGCAGUGUCUACUUUCAGCCUGUCAAUCAAGUCCACAGGGAGAAGAGCUCAUUUCCAAGAUCAUACAACUGCUCGAUAAACUAGGUAAGUGGGUCAAGCUCUCAAACACAUCUUACCGCAUUGGGCCAUUUCCUUAACAACCUUGUGGCAAGGGAAAAUAUGCCGCCUAAUUUAUUAUUAUUAUUAUUACUAUUAUCAUUACUAUCAUCAGUAUCGCUAUUUUUUUAUAUAUUUAUAUCUGUGAUAUAUUUUCUGAAGUUACGAAGCUCAAUUGCCUCAAGUCUUCACCUCAGACCUCAAGAAGGCUUCUCAGAACAGUGGCUGUGAAUGAAUAUCCUCCGUGUUACGUUCAGUAUAUCCAACGUUAUGAGCCAUUCCAAUCCUAUGAUAAUAUGUGUCGAUGUUUUCUCAAUCCUUUCAGGUUAAUAACCAUUCAUUCUGCCUCAAUCAAAACCAACAUGGUUUUCAAUACGUUCAGCGAGAUGAGAAAAUAAAACGAAGUCCCCUCAGCAUCAAAAAUAAA